CUGGCCCCGGCGUGGGGCGCAGGGGGGAAGCGCGGAAUGAUCCGCCUGGGGCCGUGGCUGCGGCGGGGCCUGUCGGGCAUGGAGGAGCUGCUGAGCCGCUCGGUGCCGCCGCUGCCGCCCUACGAGACCAAGGAGAAAGCGCCUCCCCCGGCCGAGCUGCGCAGCGCCGAGUUCGUGCGCUACUACCGCGGGCUGCGGGCCGGGCCGCCCCGGGCACAGCUGCUCGCCCGCUUGGCCCGCGACUUCGGCGUGGACCACGGGCGGGUGGCGGAGUUCAGCGCCAAGGUGCUGCAGGCCCAGGAGCAGCAGAGGGAGCCGGGGGCCCUGCUGCAGGCCGAGGACAGGCUCCGGUACUACCUGAACCCCCGGUACCGGGGUCUUUUCCAGCACCUGGGCCGCCUGGAAGAUGGGCUGCGCUUCCUGGUGGAGCUGAGGGGGGACCUGGUGGAGGGGCUGGCGAGUAAAGCGCUGGACGGGCCUCAUGUCAAGGAAAUGAAUGGAGUUCUAAAGAACAUGCUUUCAGAGUGGUUUUCAACGGGAUUCCUAAACUUGGAGCGGGUCACUUGGCAGUCACCUUGUGAAGUGCUCCAAAAAAUUAGUGACUCUGAAGCUGUGCAUCCUGUUAGAAACUGGGUUGAUAUGAAGCGUCGAGUUGGAUCAUAUCGAAGAUGCUAUUUUUUUUCUCAUUGUGCAAUCCCAGGAGAACCAUUGAUAGUCUUGCAUGUUGCACUAACCAGUGAUAUCUCCAGCAGCAUCCAGGCCAUAGUGAAAGAAGUGCCGCCCUUAGAAACAGAAGAUACAGACAAAAUUACAACAGCAAUUUUCUACUCAAUCAGCUUGACCCAGCAGGGACUGCAAGGUGUGGAACUUGGGACUUACCUCAUCAAGCGGGUUGUAAAAGAGCUGCAGAAAGAACUUCCUCAGAUAAAAACGUUUUCCACACUUUCGCCUAUCCCGGGAUUCACAAAGUGGCUUGUUGGUCUCCUCUCCUCACAAACAAAAGAAGUGGAAAGAAAUGAACUUUUUACAGAAUCAGAAUGGCAAGAAAUCUCUGAAAUCACAGGAGACUCUACUACUGAAACACUAAAGAAACUCUUAAAUAACAAUGAGUGGGUGAGAUCAGAAAAAUUGGUUAAAGUGCUCCAUUCACCGUUUAUGAGACUCUGUGCCUGGUAUUUGUAUGGAGAGAAGCAUCGUGGCUAUGCUCUUAAUCCAGUAGCAAAUUUUCAUCUUCAGAAUGGAUCUGUGAUGUGGCGGAUAAACUGGAUGGCAGACACAAGCCCUCGGGGCAUUUCUGCUUCUUGUGGGAUGAUGGUAAACUAUCGAUAUUUCUUAGAGGAUACAGCCAGUAAUAGUGCAGCAUACCUGGGCACUAAACAGAUUAAAGCCUCAGAGCAGGUUCUUUCCUUGGUGUCUCAAUUCCAGCAAAGUAGCAAGCUUUAAUUAAAUGUUAUCAAAACGAAGAAUGAGAGUUCCUCGCCUAUAAAGCACUACAGUAUUCUGCAAUGUCUAUAUUUAAAUGAGAACGUCCAUUACAAAACAAAUGUUCUAAAGCACAGCAGGAAUGCCGAGUUAUCUAGAUUAUCAGUUGUCUUGCUUAUAUCACCAAGCAAUCAAAACCUGAUUUACCUGAUUAAAUCACAGUAAGUUCUAGACAUGUUGUGUGCAGACGGGUUGGAGGUGUGCUUUAAAGGGUGAGUAAAAUUCUCUCCGUCAGUUACAACUCAGUGAUAACUUGAGGGAUCGGUUGAGAAGUUUCCAAAUAUUUAUAUUAUACUUCAGCACUGGUAAUUUUUUAAGUUAAUAAAGAGUGUUUUUAAUAAAGAGGUAUGUAUAACCUUUAAAUGAAUAAAAUAAACUUUCUCAUUAAA